GGUCGGGCUUUGCAUAUGUGUAAUCAAACCAAUGAGAAUCCCCUGCGCGUCUGGCACACGGCAGAGCAACAAACUCUAGGAAGAAGAGAAGCGUAAUUUAGGGGGUGUAUCCCUUGUUUAAGACGCUGUUAUGGCAAAGCCAAUCGCCAGAUGUUUGUGUUUCUCACUCAGAUUUUGAGACUAAGCAGAACGCCGGGUUACUACGCGGAGGCUGAUUCGCGUAUCCAAGCCACUUUUAGCCAAAGUCUAGCUACACGCGAUCUCUCUCGCCCACUUUACGCGCAGGAUUACGCCCGUUUGCUCGUCUAUUUCGCGGAGCUGCAACGUUUUUUCUGUCAUUCUUUAACAGGCUGAAGGAAAUGGCAAAGGAGAGAGGAGCGCGGCUGGGAGAGCGCAGAGGAAACCAGAGCUGAAUGGCAGGAUGCAAGCGACCUGAAGACGCACAAAACCUCGCAUUUCUACAGCUCUCAGACCCUUUUACGCCUUCUUUUGGUUUCCUUCCUUGCGAACGAGAGGAAUUACCACCCCUAUACGACCAUUUAAGGAUUUUCUUGUUUCAAAAUUUUUCAAAUUUGUAUUAUUUUCACACGCAGAACUCAAGGAAUCGAGGAUGCAUUGUGGAUUAGUCCUGAUCCUCUUUACGGGAAUCUUUCUCAUCGUCAGUGCUUUCAAAAAUGACAAAUGUGGGGACAAUAUCAGAAUCACUAGCGCAAAUUACCUCACUUCACCCGGUUAUCCGGUGUCUUACUACCCGUCUCAGAAAUGCACAUGGGUGAUUACAGCUCCAGGACCGAACCAGAGGAUUUUGAUCAACUUCAACCCACACUUUGACCUGGAAGACAGAGAGUGCAAAUAUGACUAUGUGGAAGUGAGAGAUGGAGUGGAUGAGAGCGGCCAGCUGGUCGGGAAGUAUUGUGGGAAGAUCGCUCCCUCUCCUGUGGUCUCCUCUGGGAACCAGCUCUUCAUCAAGUUUGUGUCUGACUACGAGACUCAUGGCGCUGGCUUCUCCAUCCGCUACGAGAUCUUCAAAACGGGUCCAGAAUGUUCCAGGAACUUCACCUCCAGCAGUGGAGUCAUCAAGUCGCCGGGUUUUCCAGAGAAGUACCCCAACAACCUGGAUUGCACGUUCAUGAUCUUUGCUCCCAAGAUGUCGGAGAUCGUUCUGGAGUUCGAGAGCUUUGAGCUGGAGCCAGACACACAGCCACCCACUGGAGUGUUCUGCCGCUACGACCGCCUGGAGAUUUGGGACGGCUUCCCUGGAGUUGGUCCAUACAUUGGCAGAUACUGUGGACAAAAUACUCCAGGACGGAUCAUAUCCUACACUGGAAUCUUGGCUUUGACAAUCAACACAGACAGUGCUAUUGCAAAAGAGGGAUUCUCAGCUAAUUUUACUGUGCUGGAAAGGACAGUCCCGGACGACUUUGACUGCACUGAGCCUUUGGGUAUGGAAACUGGGGAAAUCCAUUCUGAUCAAAUCAUGGCCUCAUCCCAGUACAACCCCAGCUGGUCUCCGGAACGAUCUAGACUCAACAACCCUGAGAACGGUUGGACCCCUGCGGAGGACUCAAACAAAGAAUGGAUCCAGGUUGAUCUUGGAUUCCUGCGCUUUGUCUCGGCGAUCGGCACACAGGGAGCAAUCUCUCAAGAGACCAACAAGAAAUAUUAUGUGAAGUCCUACAAGGUGGAUGUAAGCUCAAACGGAGAAGACUGGAUAACUAUUAAGGAUGGCCCAAAACAGAAGAUUUUCCAAGGGAACACCAACCCUACUGAUGCAGCGAAAGCCAUGUUCCCCAAGCCCACGUUGACGCGAUACCUCCGGAUCCGACCCUACUCCUGGGAGACCGGCAUCGCCCUGCGCUUCGAGGUGUAUGGAUGCAAAAUCUCAGAGUACCCAUGUUCUGGAAUGCUGGGAAUGGUCUCAGGCCUUAUCGCAGACUCUCAGAUCACAGUUUCGUCCCACACCGAGCGCACAUGGGUCUCAGAGAAUGCCCGUCUUCUGACCAGCCGUUCGGGAUGGACGUUGUUGCCGCAGCCCCAGCCGUAUGUGGAUGAGUGGCUGCAGAUAGAUCUGGGUGAGGAGAAACUGUUCCGAGGGUUGAUCAUCCAGGGAGGCAAACACCGUGAUAACAAGGUAUUCAUGAAGAAGUUUCGGCUGGGCUACAGCAACAAUGGAUCUGACUGGAAAAUGGUGAUGGAUGCUACUGGCAACAAGCCCAAGAUAUUUGAGGGGAAUUUGAACUAUGACACGCCAGUGUUGAGGACGGUGGAGCCUAUAUUGACACGCUUUGUUAGGGUGUACCCAGACAGAGCCACUCCUGCUGGGAUGGGACUUAGAUUGGAACUCCUGGGCUGUGAAAUGGAAGUUCCCACAGUGCCCCCUACUACACCCGCGUCCUCUACCGCGCCAUCAGACGAGUGUGAUGAUGACCAGGCCAACUGCCAUAGUGGAACAGGUGAUGACUACGACCAGACAGGUGGAACCGCUGCGCCAGAGACGACCACAGAGACGAGCACCGUUCCAGCGUUCCUGUGGUUUGCCUGUGACUUUGGCUGGGCCAGUGAUCCUUCUUUCUGUGGCUGGAUGUCAGAGGACAGCGGUUUCAGGUGGCAGAUCCAGUCCAGCGGCACCCCGACUCUAAACACCGGCCCAAACAUGGACCACACUGGCGGAUCAGGGAGAUUUCAGGUGGUAAUUGAAAGCGUAGUGGAGAGGAAGAGUUGGGGAGACAUUGCUGUGGAUGACAUCAAAAUCUUAGACAAUCUGAACAUGGCUGACUGCAAGGACCCAGAUGUCCCAGCAGAGCCAAUUCUACCUGAGGACAGCUUCAAUGAAAUCAUCGUGGACAUCACAGACUUCCCUGAGAUUGUGGAGAACCACGAGAUCAGCGGCGCCGGAAACAUGCUGAAGACGCUGGACCCCAUCCUCAUCACCAUCAUCGCCAUGAGCGCGCUGGGGGUCUUCCUCGGCGCCAUCUGCGGCGUGGUCCUCUACUGCGCCUGCUCCCACAGCGCCAUGUCCGACAGGAACUUAUCCGCCCUGGAAAACUAUAACUUUGAGCUAGUGGACGGCGUCAAGUUAAAGAAGGACAAGCUCAACUCACAGAACACGUACUCAGAAGCGUGAGGCGCCGACCAAUCAGAGGGAACCUCUCCUCAGGGAGGGCGGGGCUAAAAUGGACUGCCGAUGCCUUCCGGUUGGAGGAGGACAAGGCUCUGUGGUUCAGCGAACCAAUGGGAGGUCUGGGACUGAGCCAUGCUUUUCUCAGGAGCUGCAGUGAACGGAACCUACCAGUAGGGGACACUGUGUACAAAACAUUGAAUACAAGGAAAAAACAAAACAUCAUGAAAAAUAAGAAUAUGUACAUAUGAUUGAAAUUAUUAUUUUAAUUUUUUAUUUCGUAUUAUUUUUGGUUGAUCAUUUUUACAAUCCGAUGCUGGUGUUGAGACCAAUAUAUAAUAAUGUUAUAAAGUAUUUAUCUUUUUUUUUUUUUUUUUUGG